AUGGCUCGCGGUAAUGCCAUUACUUUGCCUGUAUGUGGUCGGGAUGUGAAGUUUACUCUUGAAGUGCUCCGGGGUAAUGAACGUGACCAGGAGCUGCUUACUGAGGACGCACUGGAUGAUCUCAUCCCUUCUUUUCUACUGACUGGUCAACAGACACCGGCGUUCGGUCGAAGAGUAUCUGGUGUCAUAGAAAUUGCCGAUGGGAGUCGCCGUCGUAAAGCUGCUGCACUUACCGAAAGUGAUUAUCGUGUUCUGGUUGGCGAGCUGGAUGAUGAGCAGAUGGCUGCAUUAUCCAGAUUGGCGUUAUGCAAGCCGAUUGCAGAAUGA